CGGUCAGUUAUCCGGGCUAUUCUUGCAGAAGCUUCCAGAUGAUUGCGUUACUGGCGAUUUGUCUAUAAUGACGCAUUUUCCAGAAUGAGUGGAGAGAAAGAAUCUGAAUCGCCACCCAAUGCAGAUGGUAGAAGAAACGAGGACACGCCGACGACGCCUCCAGCUCCUCGUUGCAAGUUUUUUCGCAGCUUGCUCAAACAAGUGUUUCUACCUACUGUGUUGAUUGUGGCUGCUGCUUAUAUCAUUCAGCGUCGUGGAUGGUGCCUGGUGUACUCUCCUGAUGUUGAACUUCCGGGACAGGGCGAGAUGAUGUUCUAUGCAUACGACAUAAACAGGGAUGGCUUUAUUGACAAACUAGAAUUUCAGUUUCUUGUUACCAAGUUGGAUGCAAAUGCAACAUUUAGUUUUGAAGAUGACUUGGACCCAGAUGUUGAAGUUGUUAAUAUUACUGCAAAGAUGCAACCGUUUCAUCUUGAAUCAAUGAAGAAAGCUAAAGAUGCUUGGAUUUAUUCAACAGGCAGUGAUCUUACAAUGACUGGACUUCGGAAUUGGAAAACUGUAGUAGUACCAUCUCAGCUCUACAGUGUUCACAAUUUUCGAUCAUUUAUGCCUGAUAGAAAUGUAGAUGUUGGUCAGGUUUAUUCAGUUAUUGGAAAGAACACGUUCUUUUAUGAACUUUUGACCAGCACGCGAUAUUUUCCACCUUCACCAGAAGGCAAAGAAGUUCUUCUCUAUCGUCUCCUGGCUCAGCUUCAUCCGCGUCCAUUUGUGCACAUGAGGUUUCCACCUCAGGGCUCUAUAGCUACUGUUCGGGCAGAAAACGAAGAAUACUUAGAUAUUGUGUUUCGGUGUCAUGUGGAAUUUCAAAUGAAUGAGCCACCACUGUUUCCAUAUUGGUUUACUCCUGCACAACUUUCUGGACGAUUGAUAAUAAAGAGGGACGCAUCUCAUCUAAGGCACUUCAGCUUGUAUCUGCCAACGAACAAGUCUUUGAAUGUUGAUAUGGAGUGGCAGAUAGGUCCUGGAGAAAUGUCUGAGAAAGCACCCCAUGAUCAGGAAGCAAGUUUUCAAAGCAACAAUGAAGUAGACAUCGGUUUCAUGCCCGAGUUAUCGCUAUUUUCAUCUGAGCCAUCACACUUGCAGUCACUCGAAGCAAAUCCAACAGAAGGCAUGAAUGAUGAAGGCAUAACUUGGGAGAACGUCAUAUCAGUUGAAGAAGCACAGCAGCGGCUAGAGCUGCACUUUUAUCCAUUCAAAAGAAUUCCAUACAUGCCUUUUAAAGACGCUUUCAGCAAGGCUAAGGCUGAGAACAAACCAGUGCACCAAAUUUUACUUUGGGGUGCACUGGAUGAUCAGUCUUGCUGAGGUUCAGGGCGGACACUCCGGGAAGGGGCCCUGGAGUCUCCGCCCAUUAUUAAUCUUCUUGCCAACAGCUUUGUCAGUAGUUGGUCUCUUGUUGUUGAUCUUGAAGAACUAGCUAAGAACUCAACAGAUGACGAAGUAGCCAAGCUUGCUCAGGCUUCUCUGGAUGCAUACAAGUUUCCAGUUCAGUCUCUCGUGAUGAGCCCUGAUGGUCAAGUAUUGAACAACAUCAAUGCUAACGAUCUUCUCGAUGCUGGCACUCAAACAAAUCCUAUAGAAGAGAUCAUUGAAGACCCAAUCAACGGUAUGUACAUCAAGUUUCUGAAAGAUGGUCUUGUCAAGUUUAGUGAAAUCUAACUCUUCUACUCACCUACAUAAGUUUAUGCAGACUUUACUGGUUUUUGUUGCCCCGCAGAAACCAGGAAUUGCUACAUGUCUUAAUUGUUAAUUGAUACCUUUAGUUGCUCAUGAUGAUAGUAUUGCUUGAAACCUUUGUGGCUGGCAAUACCUGAUGGUAGGGCAAAGUGGAGGUAACUGAGAAUUGCACUGGUUGUUAUGAAGUUUGUAGCUAUGGAAGUCAGUUUGCUUUUAUAUGCAGUGUCUUACUAUAGCUACAUCUUGCAAAUACAUUGAACUAAGACUUCUA